AUGGUGACUGGGACAGAGACACAGACAGAGACAGAGACGGGCACGGUGACUGGCACAAAGACAGGGACAGACCACUCAGGAGACACAGGAACAGAGAAGGGCUCGGGCAGAGGCUGGGCCAGGGCGGGGCCGGGGAGUCAGAGGGAGGCGGGAACCGACUUGCGCAGAAGUGGGGCUGGACAUGCAGGCAGAGGCUGGGCUGCCGGCGCGGCAUCGGGCGACUGGGCUGCGGGCACAGGAGCAGCGGGCGUCUCUGGGCUGGGCACAGGAGGAGCGGGCGUCUCUGGGCUGGGCACAGGAGGAGCCGGAGGCGUCUCUGGGCUGGGCACAGGAGGAGCGGGCGUCUCUGGGCUGGGCACAGGAGGAGCGGGCGUCUCUGGGCUGGGCACAGGAGGAGCGGGCGUCUCUGGGCUGGGCACAGGAGGAGCGGGCGUCUCUGGGCUGGGCACAGGAGGAGCGGGCGUCUCUGGGCUGGGCACAGGAGGCAUGGUGUCGGAUGACUGGGUUGGCCGACGCUUGGCACGUCUCCUCCUGGAGGGAGCCUGAGGGACCUGGAUGAGUGCGAGUUCUGGGGGGAACUGGAACUCCUCAGGCUGGGGUUCUGGACCUGAAGCGGC